AAGUUUGAAACCCAAAACGAGGCUACGUAUUAACGACGAAUCACGCCAUUUUCUUUGUCAGCCGACUUAGUUAAUACUAUUUUCUCCAAACUCACUUUUGAAGCAUGAAGCGUGAAAGCGAACAAGCCGAAUCCGCUGAUGAUAGAAAAAAGAAAAGAAAAAGCCGCUGGGGAGGUGGAGACUUUGAGAAAACUUUUAUACCGGGUAUGCCUACAUCAAUUCCCCAAAACUUGACAAAAGAUCAAGAAGAGAUGUACUUACUACAACUGCAGAUUGAAGAAACAUCUCGACGUUUGAGAACUGGAGAUUUAGGCAUACCGCCGAAUCCGGAAGAGAGAUCACCAUCUCCUGAGCCGAUUUAUAAUCAUGAGGGAAAGCGGCUAAACACAAGAGAGUACCGAAUGAGGAAAAAACUAGAAGAACUUCGUCAUGAAUUAGUUCAAAAAGCACUGAAAGUCAAUUCUAGCUAUCACCCUCCAAGCGACUAUAAACCGCCCGUAGUUAGAGUUAGUGAUAAAGUUUUAAUACCACAAGAAGAGCAUCCCGAUAUAAACUUUGUAGGAUUACUUAUUGGACCCAGAGGAAAUACUUUGAAGACUUUAGAAAAAGACACAGGAGCAAAAAUAAUUAUCAGAGGAAAAGGUUCAAUUAAAGAAGGAAAGGUUGGGAGAAGUGACGGUCAGCCACUUCCCGGACAAGAUGAACCACUACAUGCGUACAUUACGGCCAAUAACCCUGAAAAUGUAAAGAUGGCGGCUGAAAAAAUUAAAGAUAUAAUUAGACAGGGAAUCGAAGUCCCAGAAGGGCAAAAUGAUCUACGACGGCACCAGUUACGUGAAUUAGCACUUUUGAAUGGUACUCUUAGAGAAACAGAUGGAUUGAGUAAACUCAGACAAAUGGCACAAGCCAAUACAAUAGUUACAAACAAUAUAGUGUGUACUAUGUGCGGAGGAGCUGGUCACAUUGCACAAGAUUGUAAAGAAAGAAGACCAGGAGAAAGUCUCAGACAAUUUGAAAGCGGCCAAGUACCAAUGCCGACCCCUGCGGAUAAAGCAAAAAUGGAUAGCGAGUACAUGUCAUUGAUGGCUGAACUUGGCGAAGCUGCUCCUCCUCCUCCUGGCACACAACAGUUUAAUGGACCGCCUCCAACAGUAGGUCAAACAUGGAAUAGAGGAGGACCAAUGGCUUUACCGCCGCCACCUCCACCACCAGGAAAUGGUCCCGCUAACAAUAAUGGACCACCCGGAGUUUCAACGCCUUGGCAACAACAGCAGCAACCUCCACCUCCUCCUGGAACAACAAAACCCUUGGCUCCCCCACCACCCCCUCCUCCUGGUUCUGGUGGUCCACCUCCCACAAGCAAUAUGCCCCCUUGGCAACCACCUCCACCGCCAGUGUCCGCUUCUAAUUGCCCUCCAUGGCAACAAGGUCCAUGGCAAACCCCUCCUCCUCCACAGGGUAACUAUGCCCCUCCAAUGGGAAUGCCACCUCCUCCUCCACCACCUCCUAACUAAAGUUAAUAUGUUCAUAUAUCAACAUACAAAUAUAUAUAAAUAUAUAUAUAUAUAUAUAUUU